AUGCACCAGGACUUUAGUCAUUACCCUGCCGACUUGCUAGAGAAGCUUAAAGGCACCAAUGGUUGUAUUUGGGCCCAAGGCAUAUCUCAAACGCAGGUAUCGAAAGAAGACUAUUUGAAAAUCACCCUUGACUAUCCCUUGGCUGCCGCAAAGGCAUUCUCAGGGUUAUCUGAUUCCUUCAAUUUUGUUUACGUAUCUGGAGAAGGGGCGACCCAGGAACCAGGAAGGUUCACGCCUUUGUUCGGCCGCGUCAAAGGUCAAUGCGAAUCGACUCUGAUCGACCUAUCCCAUAUGUUUCCUGGUCUCAGGUCAUACUCUGUUAGGCCGGCAUUUGUUGACGCUCAUCUUGAUGCAAGAGUUUUGGAACAUGCGCUACAACGACCGGAUCAGCAGACUUUUUCGAAAAAGCUGCUCCGUAAUGUUCUUGGGCCUGCUGUCCGCAGCACUUUGUCCAAUCAGACAUCGCCUACUAAGGAUCUGGGCAGGUUCUUAAGUACUCUGGCGGGUGGUGAUGGGGAGCCACUGAGCGGAGAAGGAAUCUAUGGUGAUGGAUGGAUCGUUUCCAACGCCGCUUUCCGACGAAUUAGCGGGAUUUGA